UGGCGGCGCCCAUGUUACAAUGGAGACUGUUGUCGGUGACUAAUUCAGUCUAAAUAUAAAACGAUUAUUUAAUCGAUUGUUGAUAUUGUUACUCAUUAUAAAGCCUACAUGAUAAAGUCUUCUAGUUCAGCGGGUCCAUCAUCCUCUUCUCACCAGAUGAAGGAAAACAACCACCCCUCCAGUGGUCAGGCCUUCCUUGACCAUAUCAAGCCAUGCUGGUACUGGGACAAGAAGGACCUGGCCCACACCCCGUCCCAGUCCGAGGGCCUGGACCCAGCCACAGAGGCCCGGUACCGCAGGGAGGGGGCCCGGUUCAUCUUCGAUGUGGGGACCAGACUCGGACUACAUUAUGACACCUUGGCAACGGGUAUUAUCUACUUCCAUCGCUUCUACAUGUUUCACUCCUUCAAACAGUUCCCCAGAUAUGUGACAGGUGCGUGUUGUCUCUUCUUGGCUGGGAAAGUGGAGGAGACUCCUAAGAAAUGUAAAGACAUCAUCAAGACGGCUCGGAGCUUACUGAACGACAUACAGUUUGCCCAGUUUGGAGACGACCCAAAGGAUUUUCGCCAUCAACAGGAAGAGGUUAUGGUUCUAGAGAGGAUCCUGCUACAGACGAUCAAGUUUGACCUGCAAGUGGAACAUCCUUACAUGUUCCUGCUGCGCUACGCUAAACAGCUCAAAGGUGACAAAACCAAAGUUCAGAAGCUGGUGCAGAUGGCCUGGACCUUCGUCAACGACAGUCUGUGCACCAUGCUGUCCCUGCAGUGGGAACCAGAGAUCAUAGCUGUAGCAGUCAUGUACCUGGCUGGACGGCUGUGUAAGUUUGACCUCCAGGAGUGGACGUCCAAGCAGUCGUCACGGCGAUGGUGGGAGCAGUUUGUCCAGGACGUCCCAGUGGAGCUGCUGGAAGACAUCUGUCAUCAGAUCCUGGACUUGUACUCCCAGGGGAAGACCCCCAUCCCCUCGGGUCUGGAGCAGGAGACCAAGCAGAGAGGACCCCCCCAGCCCCCUGGCCCAGCCCCCCCACAGCCUCCAGGGGGUGUCCCACUACCCCCUCCACCCAAGAGGAUCUCCCCCCAAGGCAGCCCCCCACGCCAUCCGAAACGCUCACAUACCUCUCCAAAAGAGGAACCUAAACCUCCAGAACAAGUGGGUUCUAAGAUUCCACGGUUGGAGAACCCUAUGCCCCCCCUGCCUGCUUCACAACCGCUGCCUGAUCGUAAGUCUCCCCAGUGCCUCCUGAAGCUGAGCCAGCCGCGGGUAGCGAGCCCGUUCCCCCUCCCCCUCUCACGCGCCACCCCCCACCAGCCCCCUCCCCUGCCCCACCGCCCCCUCCUCCUCCCUCUAGUUACAUCAUGGGAAUGUCCACCUCUAGCUCCUACAUGUCAGGGGGCUUCCAAAGCCUUCAGUCUAUAAUGAAGACAGGGGAACCAUCCUACCCCCAU